AUGGUCUUUGACAUGAAUAACCUGACAUUCCUGGAGUCAGCGUUUCAAGAGUUUCAAUGUCAUCUGAUCCAAGGACCAGGGUGUGGGGAGUCACACUCAGGACUCGACUGCUCCACAGACGAUACCUUCAUCAAUUACACCUGUGAACUAAACAUAGAUAUACAGAAUGAAACCUCAUAUUCUUGUACUUCAUGUAAUACUACAAAUGCUAAUAGCAACCACACUAUGUGCAGCCCUUACCUCAAGUUAAAUAUGUUCACCAUCAUCUUCGAAAGUGCACUCAAGAAUCUCUGGCUUCGUCUCCCCAAUUUCUUCUGUGACCUUGACACCCUAUUUUGCUAUACGGAAACCAGAAAUCGGACGUUGUACAUUGACGUUUUAAACGACACUCCAGUUUUAGGUGUAGUUGAAAGUUUUCAAUGUAGUUAUGACUUUAGGAAUGUGACCGAAAAAGUGGUGGAUAAAGUGGGUUAUGAUUGGAGUUUCCUAUUUGUGAUAGUAUUUAUAAUAGCCGGUGGUGUGGGUAAUAUAUUGGUGUGUUUAGCUGUGUGUCUAGAUAAGAGACUGCAAAAUGUUACGAAUUAUUUUCUUCUGUCGCUGGCGAUUGCUGAUCUCUUGGUCAGCCUGUUCGUGAUGCCGAUGGGAGCGAUACCUGGAUUUUUAGGUUAUUGGCCGCUGGGCGUGGUGUGGUGCAAUGUGUACGUCACGUGCGACGUGCUGGCGUGUUCAGCUAGCAUCAUGCACAUGUGCUUCAUCAGCAUCGGCAGGUACCUAGGCAUCCGGAAUCCAUUAAAAAGUCGGCAUCAUUCCACAAAGCGGGUGGUCGUCAUCAAGAUCGCACUGGUCUGGCUUCUCAGUAUGUUCGUGUCUAGUUCUAUCACUGUUUUAGGUCUUAUAAACCGCACCAACAUAAUGCCGACUCCAGACCUCUGCGUGAUAAACAACCGCUUGUUCUGGAUCUUCGGGUCACUGGUCGCUUUCUACAUUCCUAUGCUCACUAUGGUCGUCUCUUUUGCACUGACUGUACAACUGCUGAAGAGACAGGCUAGACUUGCUGCCACGCCUGUACCUGGAGGAACUCAGAGAAGACAAUGUGGUGGCUACGAUAACGGUCCAAGUCAAGGCAUGAGGCGAGUUGGAGUGAGGAGCUCACCAGACCUGUCUCCCAACAGAACAGUGACGAGGCAGCUCACUUGGAGGAUCACUAGUGCUACCAGGUCACAACGCAACAAAGUGGGUAUGAGCGUCUCCCAUCCUCAGCUAUCCUACAUGAACGGCUGUGGAGGUACAGGAUCCUCAGGUCCGAGACGAGGUCGGGAUGUGGCCACUCAAACUCCACCUAGCAUAGCUGCUGAGACGAGAAGAGCAAGGUUGAGACCCUUGAAAUUAACACUAGCAGCACCUAAUGCUUUGACACUUAGAUUCCUAGCAAACCGAAAAAAAGGGAGAUCCCUAUCAGCAAACGCAGUCGCAAAUGAACAGAAAGCAACCAAAGUGUUAGGCCUGGUGUUCUUCACGUUUGUGCUCUGUUGGGCGCCAUUCUUCUUGCUCAAUAUACUGUUUGCUGCGUGCCCAGGGUGUAUAGUCCCAGAGCAUGUGGUGGACAUCUGCCUGUGGCUGGGCUACGUGUCUUCCACCAUCAACCCCAUCAUCUACACCGUGUUCAACAGGACCUUCAGAGCCGCCUUCCUCAGGUUACUGAGGUGUCAUUGUACCAGACGCGGCCGCUGCACCCGCUACCGGUCUACGGGCUCAACGCGUGGUGCAUCUCAGCUCUGCGCCAGAUCAGCUCUACCUCUAGCCAUAUCAUUACGACCAUCAGCCUUACCGACGUCAUCACCAGCACAACCAGAUACUACCGAAACAGUAUUAAUAGAACAACCUAUAGGAGAUUUUAAUAUUAGAUAUUAGGAUAAGAUUUUAUUUAUAUCGGUAAUACGUGUUGAACCAAUUUAAAUGCCAAAAUUAAAGUGACAAAUUGUGUGACAAUUAUGACAGCUGUCAAAUCUGACAGCUGUCAAGUGUCAUUUUAUAUAGUUAUUACGCAAAACCUAUCGUGUCGUAGGUCAUUAUAAAGAUUCGUCACUGUACGAAUCUAAAUUAAUGUUGAAAAUAAAUCAGUCUUCUCAUGACUUAUUUUAUUUUUUAAUGAAUUUACGGAAAUUCUUGAUCCAAAACUUAUGUUGCAUGAAUGACUGCAUGAUGGGUUUUGCGUCAUAUGAAUAAGGUGUUGCAAAUUUUAUUAUUCUUGUUAUUUAUUUUGUCUACAAACAGGAUGAAUAGAAAUUCAUAGAAAUGACUUUAACGAUAAUGUUUUAAUCAAUUUAUGUGCCAAAUAUCAACGAAUUCCAAAGUUUUUGAGAAAAACAAAAAUAUUUCCAUUCACUACAAAAUGAAAUGGAAUGAACUUUCACAAUCAAAUAUUACUUUACUCCAAAUAUCUUUGAUUAUUUUCUAAAAUAAACUCUGACGCAUUUCUAGAAAGAUCUUUUCACCUUGUUUAACCCUUAACAACCCACAAGUGUCUCGCGGACACAAUUUUGCGUUUAUGUUUUCAUAAAAACUAAAGUUUUUAUUUUUAUGAAUCGGCCUUUUAUCUAAUUUAUCGCCAAUGUUUUACGAAUCUAAAUGUGCAAUGAAAAUAUUUGUAACGUGAAUUAUUUAUUAUUUUUGGGCAAUAAACGAAAAUAGUACUUCAUCAACCCAGAAGUGUCCAACAGACACAAUAUCAUUUUAUUUGAUUCAAGUGUGAAGGUAGAUUGUUUUUAUUUACAUUUACUUAUAAUCUUAUGGUGUCGGGUGGGCAAAAGCGGUUGUUAGACCUUUGUUUGUGUUAUAAUCAUAGUUUUUGUAAUCGUAUCACGUAUCAGUAAUCAGAAACUCUUGUCAAAAUGUAGUCAUGUUCUAAUUCGUUUUUAUUGAAUGAUAUGGCUAAACGGCAACUAACACAAAGUGAAAUUCAACGUGCUCUUGUUGAAAGUGACGAUGAAAACAUUUUUGUCCAUAAGUGCGAUAGUGAUGAUGAGAAUUUAGCUGUUGACAGCUGUUCUGAUAAUAAAGUAAUGUCACAGAACCAGUAUCUGAAAACGAUGAUGAACAAUUAUGGAAUAACAGUGAUGAUGAUUACAAGAAUACGUCUCUAUUUACACUUAUAAAGGAAGAGAUAACAACUUGAAAAUCAGAACCUAACAGGCAAAACCGAACGCCUCGACACAACGUAAUUCGCGGUGGUAUCCAUAAGGUGAUUCUUCCUCCUCCGGGCCAAACUAUAAUAGAUCCGAUAGACAGUUUCAGCCAUUUUUUCGACGAUCACGUAUUACAAAUAAUAGUAAAAUAUACCAAUACUAAAGGGCUUAGAAUUUUACAAAAUCGAUGGAAAUAAAAUCAGACAAUAACGACAUCAAACAGAUAUAAAAUCGAAAUGCAAGUACUCCGAGGUCUUUUAUUGAUUAUAAGCGUCAAUAAACAGGGAGGUAUAGAUUUUAGAGAAUACUGGUGCCAUGUCUUUGGCAAUCCAAUAUAUGAAGCUACAAUGGAAAAAGGAAGAAGCAUUGUUAUAUUUACCCUUCGAAAUUAUCAAGGGCUUCUAAACAGUGUUGUACUGAAUGCAAACGCAAUACAUGCACUGAAUAUUCUGGAAAAAAAAUAAUUGUAAUAUCUAUAAGUAAAUAAGUGUAAAUACACAUCACUGAAAUACAUUAUACUGACUUUUUCAUUCAAAA